CCUGGUUUCCGCCUUCCGCUUUGUUUGAUUCGAAGAAAGACCGUGAGUGUGACAGCGGGGUGGAGAGAUUUUUUUCUCGGCGUUCUCGGUAGAGGAAAAGGGAAAAAGUGUGUUUUUGGGUUACCUGAGAGUGGGAACUUGACGAUGCAUCAGUGCCUCACAUAUAUUUUCGGUGACAGGUGUGAGAAAAAAGACGGUCAAUAUUGCUCAGAUUUCGAUCAAUAACCUGCAAGUGCUCCACGCGUUUUUUGUGAUUCUCUUUAUUUUAGUCUUACUCACCUGCGUGCGAUAACGGAUCUCAAAUAAAAAUGGCGUCAUCUCAGGAAGUAGAAACAGCCAUACCACUACAAUACAAUGAUGCUCACUGGAAAGGGAUUUUCGAGAAGUACGACACAGAUGGGGAUGGAAAAAUAUCAUAUCACGAAUUGAAAGCCAUGAUUCGUAGCCAUGCCAUUUCGACCGAUAUUCCCACCCGGGUUGUACGAAUGAUUAUGCACAAAGCUGAUGUCGACGAAUCUGGAUACUUGGAGUAUGCAGAAUUCAUCAAUAUGAUACAUCAUAAGGAUUUCCAGGGAAUAUUCGGACAUUUUAUGCACCGAUAUGUACACUCAUUAAUACCUCAUCGUCCCAGCAUGUCAGGAUCCUUGCGAUCUGCAAGAUAUUCAAGUGACUUGCCCGAUGGACAAUAUGAAGAAGAAUACAGUUGCAAUCCCCCAGCAGUUGCAAUGAUUAUAAUUUCCAUUUUGGAAAUACUUCUAUUUUUGUUUGAUACCAUUGCGUAUAGAGGACCAAGCUCGGUUGAAGGACCUACUGCCACUCUCUUCAUUUACAAUCCUUACAAGCGAUAUGAAGCUUGGAGGUACUUUACGUACAUGUUCGUCCACGUAGGACCAUUUCACCUUGUGGUAAAUCUGCUGGUGCAGAUAAUGCUGGGAAUUCCUCUGGAGAUGGUCCACAAAUGGUGGAGGGUCCUACUAAUAUACAUGGCAGGAGUAGUAGCAGGGUCUCUCGGGACUUCAGUUUCUGAUCCUGGAGUUUACCUCGCCGGAGCAUCGGGAGGAGUUUACGCUUUAAUAACAGCCCACGUGGCAACAAUUCUGAUGAACUGGGCCGAAAUGGAGUUCGCCGUGCUCCAGCUGCUCGUAUUCGUCGUCGUUGCAGGCGUUGAUGUUGGCCAGGCGAUCUACAACCGGUACACAGAAGUGAACAAUCAAAUCGGCUACGUAGCUCAUUUGGCUGGCGCGAUCGCUGGCCUUCUUGUGGGAAUUAAUAUUCUUCGCAAUCUCGAGGUCCAGAAAUGGGAAAAAGUAGUUUGGUGGAUCAGUAUUUUUACUUACACUGCUCUUAUGUCUGCAGCUAUUCUGUGGAAUAUUUUGAAUCCCACACAUUUCCCCUCUCCUAAGUAUUAGAAGAAUAGGGUUUUGAAAUAAGGGGACGAAAGAAACGCAAGAAAAGUUUUGUAUAAUCUAUCGGUAGUUUGUGUAUAAUUUGUAUAGCAGCAAAUAUAUUCAAUACGUUAGGCAACUACUGCGCAUGUAUAAAAAUCUUUGGUACCUACUGCGCAAGUCAACGUUGGGUGGACAUCUACCGCACAGGUAUGAGUGCCUUAUGGUCAUUUUGAACUUUCUUUUAUGAUAAAAAUGAAAACAAAACAAUAUUUUAUGAUAGACUAUAAAUAAUUUUGACUAAAUACUAUCAUUAUACAUAAGCAAUUGACAGAUUAUUUAAAUCUUUUCUAGCUGGAUACCAAGUUCAGGGAUUUAAAACUAAAAAUAAAAAAAUUCCGCCUUGAAACAAUGCACAAUUUUUUUUACAAAAAUCGAGUUAGUUUUGUGAAGAUUUACACGAGAGUAUUAUUCUUAGAAUAUAAAUUCUAACACGCAAAAAACCGCAGGAUUAAUGUAAUUUCGAAUGCAUUGAAGUCUGCAUUUAAUGUGUGACAUAUAUUUCCAUAUUGCCACAAAAUCCAUAUCAUUUGUUAUAUUUAUACAAAAUAAGUGCCUAGCUUUUAUGGAGAAAUGGAUGUACACCUUUCUCUGUGGUGAUUUAGCGUUCAUGCUUUAGUAUUAAAUGGUGAUUUUUUAUACAUCUACACCUAGAUUUCUAGAAAGUACCGACUUUGUCUUAUUGUAUAAAUGCUAAACUUGCGGCAAAAUGAUACAGAGCAAAAAGUUCGGUUCAGUUAGUGUAAGCGGAAAUAUAAAUAAUAUAUUUCAUUUACAUCAAAUUUAAAAUUGAUUUCAGAGAAUUAUGAACAGAAUGUUGUAAUAGACUGUUAUUUUUGGUGAAUAAAAAGUAAAAAGUUAGGUACCAGUGAGUUUAGCAUUAACUUACGCGUAUUAAUUUAUAAGAAGACUAACAACGACAAAAAUAUUUUCAAUUAAUCUUCUAUUUUCGUAAGAAACAAUACGAUCUUUGUACAAGUAAUUCAAUUAGAAUAAAGACUUUGUUAAAGUAUUCAUCGACUUCAGAACAGCAAAGAUUCAUUUAUCAUUUUGUAAAUGCUCUACGAAAAUUGGAAACAUGUUCAAAGCUACAUUAAAAAACGUACAUAAUUUUCCUUGAAAUAAUUGUAGGACUAAAUAAAUUUAUUCUUAUACGAUUAUAGACAGGAUUUUUUGUAAUGUGAGAAAGGCGAGAACAUUUUUUUUAUCAGACAGACUGACGGAUGAUUAGUUUUAUUAAGUAUACGUAAUAAAUAUUGGCUGCUAUCGAUUGCAUAUCGUAAUGUUGAUAAGUAUUCUUUUUACCACGAUGGUUUACAAAUAUUUGUAUUUCUUUAGACUAUAGUCUAAAAUCAUAUUCUGCUUAUGAAUGCAAGUCUUGUACCUGAACCACAGUGACAAUUCAAGAGCACAAAAUAAACUUAAUUUAAAAAUUA